GUUCUUCUUCAGCUGCCACACCUGGUGCACAUCAGACAAGGCAAUCAUGGCGGAUGCUCAGAUGGCAGAGUUUGGAGCAGCGGCUCCUUACCUGCGGAAGUCGGAUCGAGAGCGUUUGGAAGCACAAACUCGUCCAUUUGAUAUGAAAAAGGAGUGUUUUGUGCCUGAUCCAGAUGAAGAGUAUGUGAAAGCUUCAAUCAUCAGUCAUGAAGGUGACAAAGUCACUGUGCUGACUGAGAAAAGAAAGACUGUCGCUGUAAAGGAAGCUGACAUUCAUCCCCAGAACCCACCAAAGUUUGAUAAAAUUGAAGACAUGGCAAUGUUCACCUUCCUUCAUGAGCCAGCUGUGCUGUUCAACCUCAAAGAGCGCUAUGCAGCAUGGAUGAUCUAUACAUACUCAGGGCUGUUCUGUGUCACUGUCAACCCUUACAAGUGGCUUCCUGUGUACAAUCAGGAGGUGGUUGUAGCCUAUAGAGGAAAAAAGAGGAGUGAAGCUCCUCCCCACAUCUUUUCCAUCUCUGAUAACGCCUACCAGUACAUGCUAACAGACAGGGAAAACCAGUCAAUUCUGAUCACUGGAGAAUCUGGUGCAGGAAAGACUGUAAACACGAAGAGAGUCAUUCAAUAUUUUGCAAGUAUUGCAGCUGGUGGCUCAGCAAAGAAAGAUGGGUCAGAAAAAAAGGGAACCCUGGAGGAUCAAAUCAUCCAGGCUAAUCCUGCUUUGGAAGCUUUUGGUAAUGCAAAGACCAUCAGAAAUGACAACUCCUCGAGAUUUGGAAAAUUUAUCCGAAUUCAUUUUGGUGCCAGUGGCAAGCUAGCCUCAGCUGACAUUGAGACAUAUCUUCUGGAGAAGUCAAGGGUGUCGUUUCAGCUUAAAGCUGAAAGGGACUAUCACAUUUUCUACCAAAUCCUCUCUCAGCGGAAACCUGAGCUGCUGGAGAUGCUGCUCAUCACCAAUAACCCCUAUGAUUACGCUUUCAUCUCUCAAGGAGAAACAACUGUAGCCUCAAUUAACGAUAGUGAAGAACUAAUUUCAACUGAUGCAGCGUUUGAUGUACUAGGCUUUACUCAGGAGGAGAAAAAUGGCAUCUAUAAACUGAUUGGAGCCAUAAUGCACUAUGGCAAUAUGAAGUUCAAACAAAAGCAAAGGGAGGAGCAAGCAGAAGCUGAUGGGACUGAAGAUGCAGACAAAGUUGCGUAUCUGAUGGGCCUCAACUCUGCUGACCUCAUCAAAGGUUUAUGCCAUCCAAGAGUGAAAGUAGGAAAUGAGUGGGUCACCAAAGGGCAAAAUGUCCAGCAGGUGUACUACGCUAUUGGUGCACUGUCCAAGGCAGUGUAUGAAAAAAUGUUCCUUUGGAUGGUUGUAAGAAUCAAUCAGUCUCUGGACACCAAACAACCUCGCCAAUACUUCAUUGGAGUGCUGGACAUUGCUGGUUUUGAGAUCUUUGAUUUCAACACCUUUGAGCAACUCUGCAUUAACUUUACCAAUGAGAAACUGCAACAGUUUUUCAACCACCACAUGUUUGUGCUGGAACAAGAGGAGUACAAGAAAGAAGGGAUUGAAUGGGAGUUCAUUGACUUUGGCAUGGACUUACAGGCCUGCAUCGAUCUCAUUGAGAAACCUAUGGGCAUCAUGUCCAUCCUUGAAGAGGAGUGCAUGUUUCCCAAAGCCAGUGAUGCAACCUUUAAAGCAAAGCUUUAUGACAACCACCUUGGGAAAUCAAACAACUUUCAGAAACCAAGAGCAAUCAAAGGGAAGCCAGAGUCUCAUUUUUCUCUGAUUCACUAUGCUGGUACUGUUGACUAUAAUAUCAACAACUGGCUAGUGAAGAACAAAGACCCACUGAAUGAGACUGUUGUUGGACUCUUUCAAAAGUCUACAGUCAAGCUCCUGUCAAUGCUCUUUGCUAAUUAUGCUGGGACAGAGACUGCUCAAGAGAAUAGUAAGGGGGGCAAAGGAGGUGGAAGUAAGAAGAAGGGCUCCUCCUUCCAAACUGUUUCUGCACUUCACAGGGAAAACUUGAAUAAGUUAAUGACAAACCUAAGAUCAACUCACCCUCAUUUUGUGCGCUGCAUCAUACCUAAUGAGACAAAGAUUCCUGGAGUGAUGGAGAACCCUUUGGUCAUGCACCAGCUACGCUGUAAUGGUGUACUGGAGGGCAUCAGGAUUUGCAGGAAGGGCUUCCCUAAUAGAAUUCUCUAUGGAGAUUUCAAACAGAGGUACCGAAUCCUAAAUCCUGCAGCCAUACCUGAAGGUCAAUUCAUAGAUAGCAGGAAAGGAGCUGAGAAACUCUUGAGUUCACUGGAUAUUGAUCACAAUCAAUAUAAAUUUGGACACACAAAGGUGUUCUUCAAGGCUGGUUUACUGGGUCAGUUGGAAGAAAUGAGAGAUGACAGACUAUCUCUAAUUAUUACUGGUAUUCAAGCUAGAUCCAGAGGACUCCUUGCAAGGGUUGAGUUCCAGAAGAUAGUUGAAAGAAGGGAUGCCCUACUGGUUAUCCAGUGGAAUGUCCGUGCCUUCAUGGGGGUGAAGAAUUGGCCCUGGAUGAAGCUAUUCUUUAAGAUCAAACCUCUACUAAAGUCAGCAGAAGCAGAAAAAGAGAUGGCAAAUAUGAAAGAGGAAUUUGCCAAGCUCAAAGAGGCUUAUGCUAAAUCUGAAGCACGAAGGAAAGAACUAGAAGAAAAAAUGGUAUCUCUUCUCCAAGAGAAGAAUGACCUACAACUUCAAGUCCAAGCAGAGCAAGACAAUCUCUGUGACGCAGAAGAGCGAUGUGACCAGCUCAUCAAAAACAAAAUCCAGCUUGAGGCAAAAGCCAAAGAGCUCACAGAGCGACUUGAGGAUGAGGAGGAGAUGAACGCAGAGCUGACAGCUAAGAAGCGGAAGCUGGAGGAUGAGUGCUCUGAGCUGAAGAAAGAUAUUGAUGAUCUGGAGCUGACUCUGGCUAAAGUGGAGAAAGAGAAGCAUGCUACUGAGAACAAGGUGAAGAACCUGACAGAGGAAAUGGCAGCUUUGGACGAUAUCAUCGCAAAGCUAACCAAGGAGAAGAAAGCCUUGCAGGAAGCUCAUCAGCAGACACUGGAUGACCUGCAAAGUGAGGAGGACAAAGUCAACACCCUCACCAAGGCAAAAGCAAAGCUAGAGCAGCAAGUGGAUGAUUUGGAAGGAUCUCUUGAGCAAGAAAAAAAGAUCCGUAUGGAUCUAGAAAGAGCCAAGAGGAAACUAGAAGGAGACUUGAAGUUAACCCAGGAAAGCUUAAUGGACCUAGAGAAUGACAAACAGCAGUUAGAGGAGCGACUUAAAAAGAAAGACUUUGAGAUCAGUCAGCUCAAUGGGAAAAUCGAGGAUGAACAAACUAUUUGUAUUCAGCUACAGAAAAAACUGAAGGAACUUCAGGCACGCAUUGAGGAGCUGGAGGAAAAGCUUGAGGCAGAAAGAGCUGCAAGAGCCAAGGUGGAGAAACAAAGAGCAGAUUUAGCCAGAGAGCUGGAGGAGAUCAGUGAAAGACUGGAGGAGGCUGGAGGAGCUACAUCUGCUCAGAUUGAGAUGAAUAAGAAACGUGAAAAUGAGUUUCAGAAACUUCGCAGAGACCUUGAAGAGGCCACUCUGCAGCAUGAGGCCACUGCUGCCACACUGAGGAAGAAACAAGCCGACAGUGUGGCAGAUUUGGGAGAGCAGAUAGACAAUCUGCAGAGAGUCAAACAAAAACUGGAAAAGGAAAAAAGUGAACUCAGACUCGAGCUGGAUGAUGUGGUCUCAAACAUGGAACAUGUUGUUAAGACGAAGGCAAAUCUUGAGAAGACCUGCAGGUCUUUGGAAGAUCAAAUGAAUGAAUACAGAACAAAAUAUGAGGAAGGCCAGCGUUGUAUCAAUGACUUUACAAUGCAAAAAUCUAAACUACUAUCUGAAAAUGGUGAACUUGCAAGACAGCUGGAGGAGAAGGAAUCUCUUGUCUCCCAGCUAACUAGAAGCAAGCUGUCUUAUACUCAGCAAACUGAAGAUCUUAAAAGGCAACUGGAGGAAGAAACUAAGGCGAAGAAUGCCCUAGCUCAUGCUGUACAGUCAGCCCGUCAUGACACAGAUCUGCUCAGAGAGCAGUAUGAGGAGGAGCAGGAGGCCAAAGCAGAGUUACAGAGAGGCAUGUCCAAAGCUAAUUCUGAGGUGGCUCAGUGGAGAACAAAGUAUGAAACUGAUGCCAUACAGAGGACUGAGGAGCUGGAGGAAGCCAAGAAGAAACUGGCUCAACGUUUGCAGGAGGCCGAAGAAGCUGUUGAAGCAGUAAAUGCGAAAUGUUCAUCUCUUGAAAAGACCAAGCACAGACUCCAAAAUGAGAUUGAAGAUCUUAUGGCGGACCUGGAGAGGUCUAAUGCAGCUGCAGCAGCCUUGGACAAGAAGCAAAGAAACUUUGAUAAGGUCCUGGCUGAGUGGAAGCAGAAGUAUGAAGAGUCACAGGCUGAGCUAGAGAGCUCUCAGAAGGAAGCCAGAUGUCUGAGUACAGAACUUUUCAAGCUGAAGAAUUCCUAUGAAGAAUCUUUGGAUCACCUGGAGACCAUGAAGAGAGAAAAUAAAAAUCUCCAAGAGGAGAUUUCUGAUCUCACUGAGCAACUUGGUGAGGGAGGAAAGAGCAUUCAUGAACUGGAGAAAAUGAGAAAACAGCUGGAGCAAGAAAAAAGUGAGAUUCAGUCUGCUCUGGAAGAGGCAGAAGCCUCAUUGGAGCACGAAGAGGGUAAGAUUCUGCGAGCUCAGCUAGAAUUCAACCAAACAAAGGCUGAUAUUGAGCGCAAACUAGCUGAGAAGGACGAAGAGAUGGAGCAGAGCAAACGCAAUUUGCAGAGAACCAUCGAUACUCUGCAAAGUUCUUUGGAGUCAGAAACACGAAGCAGGAAUGAGGCCCUCAGAAUAAAAAAGAAGAUGGAAGGGGAUCUAAACGAGAUGGAGAUCCAGCUUAGUCAGGCAAACAGACAAGCAACAGAGGCUCAAAAACAACUCAAGAGUGUCCAAGCACAUCUGAAAGAUGCACAACUACAGCUAGAUGACUCUCUGAGAACAAAUGAAGAUCUCAAGGAGAACACUGCGAUUUUAGAGAGACGCAACAACCUUCUGCAGGCUGAACUAGAGGAGCUGAGAGCAGCUCUUGAGCAAACUGAGAGAGGCCGCAAGCUUGCAGAGCAAGAGCUGCUGGAUACCAGUGAAAGAGUGCAGCUACUGCACUCCCAGAAUACAAGCCUCUUGAAUCAGAAGAAGAAGCUCGAGACUGACAUAUCCCAGCUUCAGAGUGAGGUGGAAGAGGCAGUGCAAGAAUGCAGGAAUGCUGAAGAAAAAGCCAAGAAGGCCAUCACUGAUGCUGCCAUGAUGGCUGAGGAGUUGAAGAAGGAGCAGGACACAAGUGCUCACCUGGAGCGUAUGAAGAAGAACAUGGAGCAGACCAUUAAGGACCUGCAGCACCGCCUGGAUGAAGCAGAACAAAUUGCUAUGAAGGGAGGCAAGAAACAAGUCCAGAAACUAGAAGCUCGGGUGAGGGAGCUGGAGAAUGAAGUAGAAUCAGAGCAGAAAAAGAGCAGUGAUGCAGUGAAAGGAAUUCGCAAAUAUGAGAGACGCAUUAAAGAACUGACCUACCAGACCGAGGAGGAUCGCAAGAAUCUGGCUCGUCUGCAAGAUCUAGUUGAUAAGCUUCAGCUAAAGGUCAAGGCUUACAAGAGGGCUGCAGAGGAAGCUGAGGAACAAGCCAACACACAUAUUAGCAAAUUACGGAAAAUCCAGCAUGAACUUGAUGAAGCAGAAGAAAGGGCUGACAUUGCAGAGUCACAAGUCAACAAACUGCGUGCCAAAAGUCGUGAUGUCGGUUCUAAGAAGGGACAUGAUGAAGAGUAAAGCUCAAAUGGAUCUUCCGCGUAUCUCCUAUUUGUUGUAUUAGCUAUCCAUCUAGCUCUUUUUCAGCCACAUAGUAGAAUAAAGUUUAAUUGCAUUCAAUCUGUGUUGUGAUUGAGUUAUUAUGUGUUAAAUUAUAUAUUAACACUACUUUGUGGGAAAAAUACCAACUAAUCUUUCAUUAUAUUAAGACAGUGGUUCCCAGUUCUCCUUAUGGUGGGCGGCCCAUUCAUGAGUUCCUUCUUGCCUGUUUCUUGGGGAAAUCUUAUUGAAGCCUGAAGGUUUAGAAGAUAUUUAGUCAACAUCCAACAGGUUUUGAAUAAAUUAGCGUCCCAUUCAUUGGUAACUAUAAACAUUCACUGCGCUAUUUAGAUUCCUAAAUUUCGGUCAAAUAAAUGCUGUUUUUGCAGUGCUCAAUACAUACAAUAUGUAAAUAUAUACAUGACUGUAAUGGCAGGAGAAAGCAAUGUAUGUGUUGUGGGGGAAAACAAAUAAAACUUUACAGUUUUC